CUGAGGUGGUGAGCGCAGCCAUGGGCCACUUGGAGCUGCUGCUCGUGGAGAACUUCAAGUCGUGGCGGGGCCGCCAGGUCAUUGGGCCUUUCAGGAGAUUCACCUGCAUCAUCGGCCCCAACGGCUCUGGAAAAUCUAAUGUGAUGGAUGCACUUAGUUUUGUAAUGGGAGAGAAAACAGCUAAUUUAAGAGUGAAAAGUAUUCAAGAACUUAUUCAUGGAGCACAUAUAGGAAAACCUGUUUCUUCUUCUGCGAGCGUACAAAUUGUGUAUGUGGAGGAAAGUGGACAAGAGAAGACAUUUGCAAGGAUUAUCCGGGGGGGAUGCUCAGAAUUUCGUUUUGAUGAUAAUCCUGUGAGUCGUUCUGCUUAUAUAGCAGAAUUGGAAAAGAUAGGCAUAAUCGUCAAGGCACGAAACUGUCUAGUUUUUCAGGGAACUGUAGAGUCGAUUUCUAUGAAAAAACCCAAAGAAAGAACCCAAUUUUUUGAGGAAAUCAGCAGUUCAGCAGAGCUUAUAGGAGAAUAUGAGGAAAAGAAGAGAAAGUUACAGAAAGCUGAAGAAGAUGCACAAUUUAAUUUUAACAAGAAAAAAAAUGUAGCUGCGGAGCGCAAACAUGCAAAAUUAGAAAAAGAAGAGGCAGAACGUUACCAGAGUCUCCUUGAAGAACUGAGACUAAACAAGAUACAACUGCAGCUUUUCCAACUAUAUCAUAAUGAGAAGAAAAUCAAUUUCCUGAACACUGAGUUAGAGCACAUGAACAGGGAUUUGAGUAUCACAAAAGAGUCUCUUUCUCAUCAUGAAAAUAUACUUAAAGCCAAGAAGAAGGAACAUGGAAUGUUAACUAGACAACUACAACAAACAGAAAAAGAAUUGAAAUCUCUUGAAGCACUUUUAAAUCAGAAAAGGCCUCAGUACAUUAAAGCUAAAGAAAAUACUGCUCACCACCUCAAGAAAUUGGACAUGUCUAAGAAAUCAAUAAGGGACAGUGAAAAACAGUGUUCCAAGCAGGAAGAUGACAUAAGAGCCUUGGAGACAGAGCUGGUUGGUUUAGAUAGUGCAUGGAGAAAUUUUGAAAAACAGAUUGAAGAAGAGAUCGUACAUAAAGGGCGAGACAUUGAACUGGAAGCUAGUCAGCUGGAUCGUUACAAAGAACUUAAGGAGCAAGUGAGAAAGAAAGUAGCUAUGAUGACGCAGCAACUGGAGAAACUGCAGUGGGAACAGAAGGCAGACAAGGAAAGACUGGCGUUUGAGAAGCGGAGGCAUGGAGAAGUUCAGAUUUGA